CGUCAUGCUCCCGUCUCCCGUGCUGCGCAAAUGAAUUCGGUGCUGCUGCUGUAGUCUCCAGCAAAAAAUUUGCACGAACUCCAACCUUAGACGGCCUCAAAAUAGAGGACAUACCUAAUUUUAAAUGUGGUGACUUCUGCAAAGGUCUCUCCAUGUCAAGCCUAGGGGCUGACAUGUUUGGAACGAAAGCUUUGGCAGUGAUGAGACGUCAACAGUACAAGCAACAAACAGCUACACCCGUGCAUGGUCAGUUCUGCGUCUGGGUUCCAAAGUAAGGGAACAAGCACGACCACAGUAUUGCUACCAGGUACAAGAUUUCACCAUGCCGCUCCCGAAACAGUUGGAAGAUUUGCACAUGACAUGCAACAUAAACCAUCCCCGUGAAGCUCUGGCCGUUGCAGUCCAUGUGCUCAUGACUGAAGUUGGGUUUGAGCUAGAAGGCUGGCAAGAAACAUUGCCUGACGGGAGCACAAGGGACCACCCUGCCACUGAGAACUUCUUUUGGGAGAGGAGUGACUGCCUGAUGAAAAUUGGCUACAGCCAUCCUACUUGCCCUGCUGUGUCCUUCCUUGUGGCAUUUGUGCUGUUUGACCCAAGUGUCAUCAUCCAUGGACUGGUUGCACUUGAAAACAACACGGAAGGCUUCUCGCUUAACUUGAGGAUUUCAGACUUCAUCCAGAAAGCAUUUCUGUCAGAUCCAGAGCCGAACAAAGUGUAUAAAAAUCUCCCCACAUUGUCACGAGUUGUGAAGGACUCUGUGGCACUUCCACUGCUUGGAUGGGCCCAAAGUGUCACAAAUGUUGCUCCCACUUUUGGAUUCAUGACCUUGAGCUCUGAAAUCCAGCUCCUUAUUCUGGGUUACCUGAAUGUGCGAGACCUGCUUGCUGCAUCUAGAGUCAACACAGAUUUAUUUGAAUUGGCGUCCCAUCCUGUACUUUGGCGGAAGCUGUUUUUGAAGAACUUUCCCUCUGUGGAAGUGUCGCCAACUGACAAUGUGUCUGACUGGAGAGAGAGAUACAAGCGGGAGUACUUGCUGCGCAAGGAGCAGCAGGAACAUGCUCUACGGAUACUGCCACGCAUGCAGGUGCGCCUAGUAAUGCCCAACCCCCUUCGAAACACUCACCGUCCCUUUCUGCUGCCCCCAGUGCCCCAGAUUAGUGACGACGACUUCGACUUCGAUAUGUUCAUGCCACGGCCCCCUAGGUUUUCUCCACCCUAUGUGCCCCAGCUGCCUCGGCGACCACCAGAUCCAGCCUUUCCAAGACCCUUCUUCGGCCAAUACGGCGUUCUUCCACGCGGUGUCCUCCCGCACCAGCAUUUUGGCCCAGGGUUCGGGUUCCUCUGAAGUUGAAGUAGAGCUGUAUUUCUUCUAAUGUUGUCAAAAAGCUGGAGUACGAAGCAAAUGGUGCAUUAAAGAACGCUGUGAAGGUGC